GCAGCCUCGCGCUGUCUGACAUUUCUCACAGUGUGGGACCUCCUGUCUCUGCCCCUCCUGCAUCAUUUGCCUCCGCGCGCUGCACACCCGCUGUCCUCCCUCUUACGCACAGUUAGUUGUCCAGGAGGACUAGUCCCUGUCAGACCCCCUCCACGCACACUCACUGACACUUUACCCAGCACGGACAAUUCGAUCAACCACUGACAACCAUGGCUGUACGGGACGCUUCCUACCUGCUUUUCGGACUUUUUGUCAUCUUUAGCACCUGGGGAGGUGAGUACACGGAGAGAGAGCACACUCUGCCACACGCGGGUUUGGACUGUUGCUGGUCCAACAAAGUCUAGAUACACUAUCUCUGAGUUCAGAUUCAUCUCAUGGGCGCACAGGGAUACCAAGUUAGAAGAUGUGUUCAUAAAAGAAGGAAUUAAUUGGGAAUUAUAGGAACAAUUUAGACCAGUUUUAUGUUGCAGCUUCUCCUCCUAGAUUGAAUUAAACUCCCUUCUCUACUUCUGGGCUCAAUGAUAACAUCAUUGGAAAGAAGUUCAGGUUAUCUGACUGUACCUUCUGUGCACACUGGUAGGAUGUGAUACUGCACAGCCCCUCUUUUGCUUACAUUACUUUAACAAAAAAAACUACCAGGGCCAGUAAACCGUUCUGUCUUUGCAGCUCUGUGUUACUUGAAUCUGUCAGUAUGUUUAUACUUACAGAUUUCUCAAGUUCAGUAUUUUUCUAAAGUAGUCAUACUUGUAGAUUUAAAACAUGAGAACUUUCCAGUAAAUCAUGACACGGUGGUACCAUGACAGAGAACAUAGUCAGGAUAUCUUACAGUAUCCAGGAGGUUCUUGUGGCAUCAACAUUUCUCCCCUUCAUUCUCAAUUCCUGCAGAACAGGAGGUGUGUUGUUUGAAGGUUGCAUGAAAAUGGAGGUAUGUAAACUCUCCAGACGGUGUUAAUGACUUUAGGUGAGAGUGACCGCACUUGUAUCUCACUUGUUGUGAACAAACAUGUUUGCUGAAAAAUAUCUCAUUGAACUUCCUCUCACCAAACAUCACACUUUGUUCAUUUGCUAUGGUAUACGAAGCUAGUUUGAACAGUUUGCUGCUUGUAUUUUUAGCCGCUGACAUCUACAGAGGUCCGGUUGUAGUCAGGCAGCUCAGUCUGCUUUCUGUCAGCUCCUGUCUGUUCAGUGUGUCCCUAUCAUACACACAGGAACACACACACGCAUGUUCCCACUGUGAGAUAUAGCUCUCUUUGCAAAAAAGUUUACAGUGAGAUAUCUAUGGAGGAGUAAAGAAAGCUAGACAAAGUUUGCAGUUAAUCAUCUCUGGUUUGCCCUCGGUCAGGCUUUUUUCAUACCAGCUGUGUGAGAGACUGUAAUAAAAGCUGGAUGGAGCAUAGUGAGGAGCAGAUCAAGUUUAUUUUUAGCAGAGCGCAUGAGUGAAGAUUUAUAUGUGGUGUUAUGUGUGUGUGAGAAGGGCAUACUUUUCCAGCCUCUCACAUUAAACUUCCAGAUUGCAGGACUUUUCUUUUAGCGUUGGUGCUUAAGUUGUUUGUAUAACAAAUCCACCUCCCAAACACCUCCACCCUCCCCACCCUUCUUUCUUUGGGGACCUGACCGCCCCCCCCUCUGCUUUUUCCAUAUCUUUACCUUUUGCUACCUCUGUUUGUCUUCAACCACAUGAACCUUUCCUGUCCCUGUAUUGUGCUGAUCUCCUGUUUGAGCUAAGCUUGACCAUUGUCCAUGAUCUCCUCUAACACUCUGUGCCCUUAUCAGGUCCACUUCCUGUACUUCUUCUUCUCUGGCUUUCCUUACGCCUGAACUAAUAUCCCUCACCUCUGGUCCAUAUCCACCUUGUUGAUCAUAUUAUAAUUGAUUAUUUCUCGAUUGAAACAUUUAACGCCCACGACUGGUGCAAGGGAGUAGAAAAGGAAACACUGAAUAUUCACAGGAAAUGAUACUUAUGACUAGAAAGUUAGCAGGAUGACAUCUGUCGUCAGAAGAUACGACUUGAGGAUGCAGAGUACCAGAUAAGCGCCAAUAUUGAGCCAAAUCCCAAGUCAAAAAGUUGAUCAGUGGACCAGUCAAAUGAGCAAAAAAAAGUUUUGCAAAUUUCAGACCCCUGUAGAAUCUUUGAUGUAAACUUUUCAUCCCCUCAAAAUCCGUAAAACUUCAAAUGUCAAUCUUUCAAUGAUCAUGGUGGACAGCUAUCCAGGCCUACGCUGCCAUGAAAGUGUGUAUGCGAACAUGAAACAUAAAUAUGGGCAACUGUGUAGAUACCAUAUCUCUUCUUCCACACUGCUGUCAGGUUGUAACAGUGGCCCUCAGUGGGCAAACUAUUCACUUCCUGUGACAUCAGCCAAUCAAGAUAGGCCAAAGAGCAGCCACCUUAGACCUCUCUCUGGUUUAAAGGCAGGGACUUUCUGCUGCCUCCACCGCUGUUCUCUGUGCUUCAGUUUCUCGUGCUCGAAACAGCCGCUGCUCUUCAGAAGAAGUGAGCCAGUUACAGACAAUAAACGUCCUUGUUAUGUCUUGACUGCAUCACACAGAAUUGAAGUAAUCUGGCAGAGGAUCAGCAGAGUGAGCUGGAAAUGAGAGUCCCUAAAUUCAGACUUCUUCCGGCAUACGUCCACAACCAAGACUUUGACUGUAUGAAUUCAUGGAUAUGAACAGCUGUGUGAGGAGUAGGUUGGAAGUUGCCAGAAAAUGGUAGUGAUCGUGUUUUUGAAUCCUCUUUUAGACACAUCAAAACACACUUGUAUUUGUAUUGAAUUUCUAACAGUGGACGGUAAUUCUGCUCUCUCCCUCUUAGACAUUGCAAGAAGUCCAAUGCAGUUUACAUUUUUGGCACAAAUGCUGCACACAUGAUUGAAUCAAUGACACGGUGUGGCUGAAGUUCAUCAUGGCACAUGGUGUCUUAUCUCUGCUCUGACUAAAAGCUGUUCAGGCUCUCUGUUUACAUGUUCCUGUGAAACAGACUCCUCAGGACUCCACACAGAAAAGAAACACUCCCCAAACACUGUUUUUGAUCUGGACUAUCACAGAAUAACAUUAAUCUGAAGGAGUCCAAAACUGUUGUGGUCCAACUCUAUUUGUUAGGAUUAGUGAAACAAUCCAGAUCCUCUGUGAAAGCUGGAGAGGAAACAGUAGAAAGGUCGGACAGAGUGAGUUUAGUCCUGUGCCACUAAAGUUAAAGUGUUGUUAACAGUCAGAAAAGUGCAAAUACACAGGGAGUUGUUGGUCAACAUGAUGCAGCAGUUUUGAGAUUAUGAGUGAGUAAACUGCUUGAUGCUUUCUGAGAUUUUGACAGAUUUAUUUUCAUGUGCUUUGUGAAAUCAUAUCCUUUAUUGUUUUUAAAUACAACUAAAAGAGAUAUUCAUUAAAUCUCUAGUACAAUGAAAUAAAAAUGUCCUGAUCUGAUCUGAACUUAGUCAGGGGAGACAAUCAUGACAUCAAGUGACCGCCUCAGAGAAUGGAGGGGAUUUCCAUGCACCAUUAUCCACCAAUUCAUACAGUGAUUACUGUGUAUGGCAUCAGCUGUUGCCAUUUAACAAACCCAAGCUGGCUUUGAAAGAUCACUGCCGGAUUAAUUCAUUUAUUUUGCUGUCACAUCCCAAUUUAAUGUCGGAUUCUGGCAGAGAUGAUUCAGUCGCAGGGUAGGAAUAUACAAAUAAAGUUACGUUUAUCACAAAGAUUUAUCAGCGUAAGUGAGUUUUUCACAAAUCUAACAAAGUAAUGAUUUAAAAGCUGGUUGAUAUUUGCAUAGUGGCCCCUUUCGUUUCUUGCCAUGCUAAGGGAGAGGCUAGAAAAUAUUCACACCGAACUCCUGUCAUUCACAGAGUAAUGAAUCAUUUUGUUUGGAAAUUUAUUGUUCAGAUAUUUUUCAAUGGAUUCCUUGGCUUGAUUCAAUCUUGAACACCCUGCAUUGCUAUUUUUGGCUCACUGGGUGUGAGUUUUGAGUAUAAUGUGAGGAAAUGUGAGGACAUGUGAGGAAGAGGAAAACACACCUAAGAUUUAAUAGCCGAUGCAUGUGUUAGAGCUGAAAGCAGAAGAAAAGCUGCAUCUGUUGUCAGGUGUUUUUAUGGGAACGGCUUUUUGAUCUCCCAUAAUGGGCUCAAACUUUGCACAGGGGAGGCUGAAUCAUAGGUUUCCUUUUACUGUUUGAUCUUCAUGUUGCUGGAAUAACAUCCAUUAUCACCAUUACCUGGGUCAAUAUAGCAAAGCAGAGAUGGAGCGCCUGUGUGGAGCUGCCCCUGGCGCAGGGAGCUCACAGGACUUUGUGCUGUUGUCAACGGGGCCAUUUUGUGUGCGUUCACUGUGUCGUGGCAAAUGAUUGUAUAAUGUUGCUCAGGCAGCCGUACCGUGUUGAUUGACAUCUUGUUAACAACACUUUUCGUUUCCAGAGUGAGCGAUACAACACUCUGUCAGGGAAAGGAAGCGCAUGCUCUGUGUUGUUUCCUCUUCCUGUAGAAAAAUCCCCUUUGUUGUGUCCAUGUUGGCAUUAACUUUUAUCCAUAAUCAUUCUGUUUUUAUUUACCCCAGUCUGAGUAGCUGCAGAUCAUUGAUAGGCUCUUUCAAUUUUUUCUCAAAGCCUGUAUCUGCUCAAGCCAAAUUUAAAAAAAAAUAUAUAUAUAUAUAUAUUUUUUCUGUGUCAUCCUUAAUAGUUGCACUAAAAAUACUCAGGUUUGCUGAAUUUUAAUGUUUGUUGUGGCAAAUCUCAACAUAUUUUGGUUAAAAAGGCGGCAUUCACUCCGUGAUGAGUAGCAGAAAGCUCAAACACACAUCAGCCUUGUCUGCAGAUGUGCAAUGAGGCAUUUCAUCUGUGAGCCAUAUUGAAGCACCUGAACACACACUGAACAGCUUUAGUGUGCUCUGAUGUAUAGCUCUAUAUUUAGCUGCAGGGUAAACCCACUCAUCAGGCAGUUCGAGCUCAUCUUUGGCCAACAUCGCCACUAAAAACUCACCUCUCACUGUUAGCAGCAACUGCGGUGCUGACUGUCUUUGAAGUCCCCUGAUCAGACAGACAGCUGCCCACACCUGGUGCCCCCACAGUCCUAAAAACACACUCCCCACGGGACCCCAGACUCCAAGACACAUAUAAACACACACGCGCUCUGGUCAGUUCACUGGCACUGCUUAAUGGCCUGUUGUCAUCAUGUGGUAUUUUAGUUAAAGCAGGGUUACAAUUUCACUGCUGGUGUCAGUGACAAAACACCCAUUACAGUACAGACACUUUAACUUAUACACUACAUGUGUAAAACUGUAAGCAUGUAGUAACUGAGGUGAUUAUUUGGAGGAGGGGUUUGAGGUUGUUGUACAUAUAUGACAGGACAUGACAGGGAAUGAUCCCUCACUUACACUUAUGGAUUAGACAUGCCGCAUGGAUCCGUGACGUAUUUUAUUCCAUUGACAGUAAAUACAAGAGUUGUUGUGUUAUGUGUUGUUGCCAUAGCUGUAGCCAGCUCAAUCCGCAGAGUAUCAAUGCUACUAUUAAAGUAGUUUCAACUUGUAAAGCCAUUCUUGGGGUUCAAGCAAAGAGCACAAUUACUCAAGGCCAAUGAGGACUCGUGCAGGAAAGCUAAAAAGGAGUAGGAAAAGUAUUUAGCUUCACCGAAAGCUGCUACCUGAGCCCUUAGAUAACCCCACCAUUAAAUCUUUGUUUAAACGAGAGCAUAAAAAAAUUAAACGCUCUUCUAGUUUGGUUGACACCAGCAAACAGGAAGAUUAUAAAUCACCUGAAAUGACCUAUCCUGAUUCUUAUUUUUUGACCUGAGACCUUUUUUCGCUGCAGCGUGAGGGGUCAAGAGGUUAAUGAGGGGCUUUCAAAGCCGCAAACAGGAUGGAGCUUUUUUUUUUUUGCGCCAACAAGGGGUCAGUGAAGGGUUUUGGAUUUGGGAAUUUUUUACUUAAAAGGAAAAAGGAGGAUGAAUGCCUUAACUGUUUCUGGUAUUAUAUCCGGAACAGAAUUUGCAGGACAAAUACCAAAGGUCUGAUUAUAUUUGGAAGUUAUCUGACUGUUCUGGAAAGCUGAGACUAAAAAGUGAAAUAUGCCAAAAUAUUGUCCGAUUUAAUUAGUGGCUCAACAUCGCAGGGAGCUAAACUGAGGAGCAAAUAUUAGUUGAACAACCAUCAGUGCAUUUUAACCACAAUAAUUGACUGUUGUCCUCUAAACAGUAGAGUUCAAUGAGGUUUUAGAAAUAACUGUAACUUUACUCCCAGGGAUGUCUUGCUUAGUUAAUCUUGGGUCACAGCAGAAACAACAAACCAACAAACCAGGGCUGUUAAUACUGUAACAGUCCUGAAAUAAACUCUGAACCUCCACUGAGCUUGUCUUUUUUGGACAAACUGAGAAGAAUCUUAUAAGCCAAAAAUACCAUCAUUACUCGGGAUCACUGAGGAGACUGCUGAGAUUAUGUAAGAGGAGGUGAAGACAUGCAGGGAACUUCUGUUGUUGUGUAAGGUGAGUGCAUAUGAAAACAGCAUUAUUUUCAAUUUAAGACUGUCCCUUACAGAGGAGAAAAGUAUGUAGAAAUUUAUUUUAACUUAGUGUUUUUAUCCCCCACAAGUAUCCAGUUUGAGUUUUUGGUUUGUCUGUCUGCAAAAGUUAGUUUCUGUCUGACUGUAAUGUCACAUCUUUUUCAUGGCCUCUAAAAAAAGGUUAAUCAGAUCCAAGUCAAAAUGUAAGUAAGAGGAAGUUCAGGUUUCGAUCAGAAAGGAAGGGUGGGGAUUGCUGUGUUUCCACUGUUGCGAAAAACAAAACCGUCAUCAUCUUUUUGUGGUGUUAGGUUUCGCCCAAAAGUUCCAUUUGCUACUACCAAAGAAUUUUCUUAAUCUCUUGGUCAAUUCAAAUCUAACCGAAUCACAAGGAAAGAAUUAUCAAUCAUGGGUUUUUCUGCAAAACUACAUCUUAGAAAUUCUUUUAAUGCCAUCGGCAACUCUUUUUUUUUAGAUGUUCUGGUUUCCUUUAAUAGCUGCAGAGGGUGAGGCUUGAAGAAACUUUUCUGCAUUGAAAGUAAAUCGACAAUAACCAGUACAGCAGUUUCUUAUCACUGAGACACAAAGUUAAACAGGCAACCCAAAGCUAACCUGGCAACCUAACUCUGUGGGUGCUAAAAGCUGCAAUUAUGGAGAAUGAUGUUUGUUUUCUAUUAACCACAGCAACCAGAGGGUACAAACCUUAUAAAUAGCAUUCUCUGCCUGGGGAGGUAAUCUCAGUGUGACUCAGCUCUUCAAUCCUGAGUGAAACAGUGUUUGAAUAAAACAAGUUAGUGUUUGUUUUUGUAAAUAUUGGAAUUGUACAAGGAUUUCUUUACCAGUUUUAGUCUCUAGGAGAUAAAGCGUUGGUGUUUUGUCACAAGAAAACUAUUCAAUUAACAUUUUUCUCCUCUGCUGGGGCUCAAAGAGUCUUUUUUGUGUCCCCAGUCAAGCCAGCUGUUCCCUCUUGUCAGUCACAGCGACUCCAAUGUCAAAAUGAGGGUUUCUACACUGUGGAUUGACUUUGAGAAAUAGUGAUCAUUCUUAAGCUUUACAGGGGCGUAUAGACUUUUAACGAAAUGAUGAAAUCCACACCAUUCACACUGUCAGACAGGAUAUGGGGAGCAGGAUAUAUGGACCAUAUGUGUGUCAUAAAAUGCAUCCUGUCGGAUACUCAUUAACUUCGCUGACAUUUCAAAGCUCCCACUUUUAUUAAUUUGUAUGAAUUUAUGCCCUUUGGUGCCACAAAACAUUAUUUACUCCGUUCUUGAGAAUAUGGUUUCUCCAAAAGCUUGUCUCACAAGUAACAACUGCAUGUAUGCAUGUCUGUCACAGAGGUUAAAAGUCUGCUGUGAAAAAAUCUGAACCCUUAGUGUGAAAUACCAUAAAAUUGUGCAUUUGUUGUUGUGGGAACGGCUACUCUAAAGUAUUAAAUACAAAUAUACAGAAAUUCAACUUUUUUUCACUAUUUAGAAACAAUUGAAUGAUGAGAGCAUAUGCUUUUUACCUUGAAUUAUUUAAAGAUUAAAAUAUGAUAAGAUUAUGAGAUCCAAAUCAUAUUUAUAGUGUUGCCUGGUUAACUGCCUGACAGAAAUACAAGCAUGAACAAAUACGCAAGACUCUGUGCUUUUGGUUUUCUUUAACCACAGUGCUUAAAAACUCAAAGAAUAUAAACUCCAGCUGUGUGAUAAAUGACUCCAGCCUGUCAUUAUUUAGUUCAUUGUAGUAAAUGUUGCAAAAACCUAAAACAAUGGAGGCUUGAAAGAUUGAGUUAGGGGACAAAAAAAAGUCCUCUCUAAAGUUGAAGUCAAAAGAGAGAAGAUUUUAACAUCAGCAUCCACAGAUCUGCAGGAUAUCCAGCCAGCAGAUUUGUGAUCCUGGAAACCAUCAGUGAGACAUUAAUGCAGCAGAAUACAAGAUGUUAUAGCAGAGCCAGCACCUGGAGAUAGGGUUUCUGAUACGGAUCAGAUGGUAAGUAAGAUGGAACUGCAAAGAAGGACUUGAGUUUGAUGUGAGAGACCUGGUUUCCAUACUUUGACACAAGGCACACCUACAGAGCUGCUAAAGUGCACAUGGUGUCCUGCAAACCCUGCUGUGAGAUUGAUUUCAUCCAGUUUGAUAUACGGUCAUGAGUGUAUGCAGUCAUGGGAGCAGUUUAUGGCAAGGAGAAAAACCAGGCGUGUAUGUGCCUUAGAGGAGAUGUAGUGUGAGCACACAUGGUUACUUCAAACUGCAGUUAGGGUUGCCUUUUUACAUCCAGAUGUGGGAUCUUAACUCUGCAAGUUAAGACUCAUAAUAAGAAUUACACGGUAAAUAAUUACGAUGAAAUUCAAGCAAUGAGAGAUCGCAGAACUGUCAUUCAUAGGCAUCUUCUCCUUCACUGGCUGCUGUGCUUUUAUUAUCAGGUGGAGAGGUUGCUCAUUUUCACUCUGACGUGAAGAUUUAUGUGUUUCUUCACCUCCUCUCUCUGCUGUGAGGUCAAUCACGCACAGAGUCCUCUCUGUCCUGCUGCUGUGUUACCAAUGUGAGAAAAACACACCGCCAAGCCAAGGGGCCUCUCUUCUGCUGCCCCCUGGUCCCUUUGACUUUUAAAAAAGAUACAUGUGCUGCUUGUUUACCAUGAGCCAUGACUAAAAGUUGCAAAUUGAAAGCUUUAUUAGUAAUAAACCCAUCAUGUGUCCUGCUGCGCCUCUGUUUGUUGGUUGUCGGCAAAGGAAUACGGCCAGACGAUGUAGUAAAGAGAAGACAUUUGUCUACUUAAAGGUGGUCUUCAUUUGUUAGAUUCCUGUUUAUAGAACAACUGACAAAACAUUAGCAGGACUUGGAAAGAAAUCAUAACAAUGAAGUGCAAAAAAUCCUGGAACAAUUUUCCAAAUUCGCAAGAUACGCCACACAAAAAGUGAACCAAAAAUAGAAAUGAAAGCAGAACAAACCAAGUCUAAAAGUUUUUGAGCAUGCUUAAACAGAUACCUUUUUACACGAUCUGUUGCCAUUGCUAGCCGUUAAGUUUCAGUACUUAUGGUGCGUUCGAGUUACCUCAGAAGUCAGUUGUCGGAGCUGAGAAUGACGUCACACCCGAGUUACCAGCGUUUCAGUUACAAGGUCGUAAAAAAGCAAAAUCGGAGGCAGAAACAAGAUGGCUACAACUACGAAAGUUACUUAAGCGCUUGCCUUGUCCAAAUAUAAGGAACUAUAAUGCUGGUAACUCGGGUGUGACGUCAGUUUUAGCUCUGACAUCUGACUUCUGGGGUAACACGAACGCAGCUUUACUCCAAGAUCUGGAACGUAAGUCUCGCCAUUCCAGAGGACAAUCUGUUUUCCAUUGCAUUAAACUAAGUCCACAAUGUGCAGUUUUUGUGCACCUGUGUAGCUUUUUCUUAGUACCAGCUGUUACCACUGAGUGAAGUUUAUGGUCCUGCUAACUGCCAGUGGUUUCUUGUCCCCAAUUAAAGAAUGUUUUAGUGAAACCAGAACUCCACAAAGUUCAAAGACAGCCAGCUGAAAAGUAAAAUAAAGGUAAAAACACUUGGAGGUACACCAUAUCUGGCAAAACAACUUAAUGCCCAAUUGUUCAACAUCUCUUCCCAACAUACUUGUUUGUUUUUUGCUCUUACAUAUCUAAAAGUGCAGUGUCUUGAUCCUUCAGGGCCUCCAUAUAUUGGUCCUAAGAAGACACUGAAUCAAAGUAGCAGAGAGUUGAGCUGCAGACGUACAAAGCAGGAGCUGAAGUUGCCCUCUGGGAGCUGGCAUAAGUGGAGACCUGAGGCCUGUCAGGAUCUCUGUCUGUUCUCUGAGAGUUCAACACCCUGCUUAAUAAUGGAUGUUGUUUUCCUGAAAUAAUGCGCUGUGCUCAUCUAAUGCACAUUAGGAGCCUUUUAACCUAAUGCAACCUGUCAGGCCUCAACCAUGACAGUGUGCCGCUGACUCCACACUGCAGACUGAUGUGUUUGUGUGGCUUCACAGUGUUUAGUUACAGUAGGUCACUGUUAGCAGUUAACUUUUAUGGUUUGCUUUUCUCUCAGUAUGCUGUGAUUGUCUGCAAGAUUAUUAACUCCUAAAUUUAUAGACUUAAAAUGUAAACACAAAGGUUUAGAUAUGCAUGCAGUAAUCAGGAAUGAUUUCCUCCUCCAAGUCUUUCUCCCAUGAUUAAACUGUGACUACUGAAGUUCUCUUUUUAUCUAGGUCACCGCAGACAUCAAGCAAGAAGAGAUCUGAUGUGGUUAGAUUCAGCUUCAUUCAUUCCAUUUCUUCCCGCCCUCUCCAAGUAAAAACAUCUGAUGGCGUAAAAAGAGAUCAUUGUUUUCAGCGCUUCAUCAUGCAGCACAAACAUGCCUCAGAUCAGAACAUGUGAGGUGUUUUAAAUUGAUCUUUUUAUUCAGCCGCUGAUUAAAAGGCAAAGCUUUGGAACUUCUUAAGCAUGUGAGCCAAAGAUGAGUCACAUUAGUACUUAAACCAGUUUGUUGAAAGAAAGAAGAGAAUUCAGAUUUGACUUUUGCCGUCCAUAUAAUUUACUUCUUUUUUCUCCUUUUUGCUCAUGAACCCUUUUCUGUGUCUUAAGGGGAAAUGAAUGUGUGCUCAUAUCUUAGAAACCCUGAAAAAUCUUUGGUGACAUAGUACCCACUGGAACAGGAUGUUAUGACACUUAAUGUGUACUUACAUCAAUUGAUAUUUUAUAUACACAAAUACAAAGGGUGUAUAUAUUUUCUAAGAAUCUGAGUCUCUAAUGUCUUCCAACAAUUCAUAGUUUUUUUAAGGAGAGAAAAGGAUGAUAAUCUUAAAGUCAAACUAGUAUAUGGAGAAAGUCUGUGAGCAACCAAGUUUUAUUGCAGCAGUGAAAUGCAGACUUCUUUUGUAGUUUAUAACUUAUCUCGAUAAGUCUGGCAUUUCAAUGAGUUAGAGUUAAGGUUAAGUUUCUUUAUUUUCCCAUAGACAUUUUUAUAUGAAUCAAAAACUCUCAAACAUUUUUACCAAGACUGCUUAUAGAUUUUAUGAUUUAUUGUCGCUGUUUGCACCAUCCACCAAAAAAGGAGAGAGCUCUUUGCAGAGAGCCUCAUCCCAUGGGUGAAAAACUUUGUGCUUUGUGCUCUUGUGUUUGUGUGUGUGUGUGUGUGUGUGUGUGUGUGUGUGUUCCUGCAGUCUAUCUUUAGCUUUUGUAUGCCAGCAGCAAGUAAUGCACAUCUCAUACUUGUGAAGCCAUGUCAUGGGACCGCUCUCUCUCCUGUACCCUCACCGUCAACAGAGCAAAAAAGAAAAAUAGCGUCCCUGUUGGCCUUUCCCAUACUUCCAAGUAGCUUGUGUUUUUUUUAUUCCUGCCUGCUCACGGAGAGGAGGCUGAGACGGAGACCAUUUUGUCGUCUUGAACGUGGGAAAGAGGAUGGAGGGGGCGUUUGUACCACCAUGGGAGCAGGCAUGAGGAAAUGGCUCACUUGAGAGUACAACUUACACACACAAAAACCCCCUGCGUCGGAAUAAUAGGCAAAGAUUUAUAAGAUUGUAAUUGUGUUUCUAAUUUAACGAGAAUUGUAGAUUUGAACACAGCAGGAUGAUCUUGUCUCAUAAUUUGCAUACUACUUAUAUGUCAGAUGUGCGUGUAUUUUUGUGCGUGGGCAUUUCAAAAUAGCUGAGAGGGGAAACUUUGAGUACAUGGGAGAAGGCCUUGUUUUAUUGCCAAGUAGUUUUCAAAGGCAGGGAAACAGAGUGAACCCUCUGUGGAGUGUGACUGCUGAGAGGAGACCAAAGAGCUGCUCACUAAAGAGGGAUUAGCCUCAGGUCAGUGAUCCUGAGCUGCUCCUCACAGCCCAAGGUCUGAGGUUGGAUCUUCACAGCUGUGAUGCUGGUUCAGCACUCUGUCAGAAGUCUUUAGUACCUGAGCUCUUUACGGAAAAGAAAAAGUGAAUGGUUAUGGUUCAAAACACCCCGAAUUUAAAGUGAAACAUUAAAACUUCUUAAGCAGUAGAUAAACAGGAGGUGAUACUUGUGUAUAAUGUUGUUGAUGUCAGCUGGUUAUUGAUCGGAGUUAUUUUGGAGCAAUAAUUGAAGUACUUAGAUGCUUACCCUGCAGCUUUUGAGUGCUCCUGUUUUCAAGGUAUUUGUUAAAAGCAGAUGAUAUGCAAAGCACAAGAUUAACCCGAAGACAAAUAAGAACUGUUCAUGCAAAUAUACCAGUUAUCUGGUAUCAACUAUACACAGAGUUUACAUAUUUAGUAGGUUUUGUAUAAGUGUUUUUGUGCACUAUACUCACUUGACUUUCUCCAUCAUGACUGUUUUAAAUCUGUUUCUACAGUUAUUUGUGUUUUUAACCAUACUCCAUUUUUAAGACUACCUCUGUUCUCUUUAUACCACCACUCUGGCUUUUUAAUAUCCGCUUGGGGACAAAUAAAGUUUUUUGAAUCAAACUGAAUUAAAACCAAACCCACACUCCUACGCUGUCAGACUCUUAAUACCACUAUAGUACUGGUGACUUGUUACCAGUUUGCCUAUAAAGUCGCUAAUUUCUGAGAAUGAUGUCAUACUUUUAAAGAAGGUUUGAGAAAGAGAACGUUUGCUGUCAUUGGUAUACUUUUAAAGUGUAAAACUGUCUCUAAGCUGUCAUACGAGAAAUCAAAUGACAUUUUUAAAGACAUACUUAAGCUUGGUUCUGUGUUUGGUUUUUGUUGGACUAGUUUGAAUCAGAGAUUGGUCAGAAGUGGUCAGUUUCCUAUUUUUUUUAAAGGCACUUUCCGACUAACCGACUUUUCAAAUGUAAAACAACAACAACCAAAAAACAGUCAAAAUUAUUCAUCGCAGAUAAACAGGAUGGCGCAGAGUGUGUGAGUUCAAAUGGUUUGUUGGCUAACAUUAGCAGAGUUAGUACCACCAGACUUAAGUCCUUUUUGUAGGUUGUAUUUCUCAUGCCUGUGCAAACUUAUUGCCCCAGUCUAGUGGUGGCUUCACACUGGUUGAACCUGACACAGCCAUUAUACAACUUAAUAUGUAGUGCUGGCCAGUAAUUCUGACAGUGUUACACCGCACAGCCAACUAAACAUGCACUUAUUACAUAAUUUCAUCUCACUCUUGGCUAAUAGGUGUAUUCCUCAAUCUAUUCCUUCAGAUCUUAAAUACUCAUUCCAAUUUAAAUUCCAAGAAAUUACCUUAAUGUUUCUGAUAUUAAAAACACUUAACCCUCUUGAAACUGAUCUGCCAUCCUCACACAAGAGUGUCCGUAAACUGUUUUCAAUGAAAUUACUCCACUGGUGAAACAGUUCUUUAGAAAGGGAUUGACAAAGUGUUUUGGAGAAUAAUUGAGAGAAAAUGAUCUGAAUAUAAUCGACCUGCAUUGUAUGAUGGUGCUGGCAGUAUUCUCAGAGGUGAGCUGACCAAACUUUACAGAACAUACAUCUCUGCUGUGCCUCUUGAGAUCAAGUUCACUCCCACAGCCCUUCAAAAGGCCCAUCCACAGCUUCAUUCCUGUACUGUUGUAACCUUUGUGAGUAGAGGCCCCCUGCAAGAUGGACUAGUCUGAUGUGUUGAGAACCGAGCCAGGUCUGGUCUGGGCUGAUCUCUGUAACAGGUGGUCCGAUGAAAUGGAAUCUAGCGUCAGAUCAGCAGUCGAAAUCAGAGAGCGAUGUGACUCCCUCCUCCCCUCCCUCUCUCCCUCCCUCUCUCCCCUGUUGUGUGGUCUGCUCUGAUCCUCUCACUGUAUUUACAUUCUUUGUAUCCUUCGUCUCCUCUGCCUUUUGGAAAUCGUUAAUUCUGAUGGCAUGUUGAGUGGAUACUGCCGGCAUUCGGCUCCAGCACCCCAGGGAUCAGUGUGUCUUUACAUUUAUGCGCGUGUGUUAAAGAAAGUGUCUGGCAGGUCAGUGUGACAAGUUGACCUUGUUUUCUCUCUGGCAUCGUGGGAAUGCGCAGUUUGGUUUCUGCAGCUGUCACUGUCUGUCUUAUUGUCUGUGCACACAGCAAUUAAAACAUCACCUGAACCCCACACUGUCUGCACUCAGAGGGGCGCUCUUUACCUCUUAUACCUCUCUGCCUUUAUAAUCGAUUGAUUCAUUGUCUGAGGUGGUGUCUAUACUGGAACUUGAGACAACGUAAAUCAUAUUAUCAGGUUUGGCUUGAUCUCUGUUGAAUUCAUAUGAGAGUUUCUUUUGUCGUAUGAGGUAGUGAAACCUCUCAGCUGUCCUGUAAAAAGAAUCCAGUAAUUGAAACAUUGGACUCACUUGUUAAGACUGAAGUCAUUAGUGCCAAAAAAGGUAAAAAAUGUAACUUGGGUUGUUCUAAAUUUGAGAAAGCCAAACAAAUCAAUCAAACAUUUGGUUUAGUAACUUACUUAAAUAUGUAAACAAGACUUCUUUGUGAAUUAUUAAGUCUACUUCACUAAUAACUACAGCUCUAGCACUAUACCUGAAAUGUGUCUUUGCCCAGUUUUCGCAUAUUUACAUCACUGACUGUGUAACAGGUCAGCUAAAUCCACAGCAAAGCAGAUUGUUGUCAAAUUACAUGAGUGAAUUACAAAUUAAAGGAGAAAAUUCCUCCUUGUCCUCUUCUGCUCCGCCAAUCCACACCACCCCAGAAGCCACACAUGUAAACAAAACUGUCAAUCUUGGUGUCAUAUUCAGUUUUUAGCAUCAAAUAACAUCCUGACACUAAGUCUCUCAGAAAAUGCAUGUAAAUCAGCAUGAUAAGAACCAACUUUCAUGAUAGAAACCAUGCAGGCCCUCGCUGAUAUUUUGGACGUUCAUUUUGAUAUUUAAUCUUAGACUGAUGAACUACAUCAGCUUUGUUGAUUGGCGCUCUUCCCAUCCGGAUAAAUUCACACCUACAACAUCGUGUAAUUUCACAGGGGUCUAGUUUCUUGCUGCUAUUUCUGUUUGAUGCUGUUGGCACGUCCUCUGUAUUUUAGGGGAGUUACUGUGUACAGCCAACAUAGCGGGAACAGAGCCAUCCGAACAGCCAAAGGUCGCGGCAACAGGACUUGUUUUAGAAAUGUCUCCUUUUGAUGUAACCCUGUUGGGGUCAUCAGAGCCCUCAUUAAUAAUCGAAAGCUCGGCUAACGGGUAACAACUAAUGCAAGUAAUACAAGAUGAAAAGAAGCAUACAUAUUUAUGAGGAAAGAGGAAAACACAUUCUGGCAUCAGGGCGUUUUAUGGAGGCUCCUUAAUGAGCACCAUCAUCUGCUGUGGAUAUCCACACAUAUCUUGUAAAUCUGUCUCUGAAGUAGAAAAUCUGUCAUGUUUUAUGCGAGUGGCUCAUUCAUAGUCUUGUAAAUUGCCACAUGUAGAGUUUUUAAAGACUUGUGCUGCUCCAGGAGUUGUGCGUGUGUGUGCUUGGUUGCAAGGGGUGAGUCAGCAGAAGUCUUUUUGCGAGAUCACGAUAAAGGCGGAGAGGACAGAGUGAUGUGUGUUAAAAAGCCCUGUGGCGUCACAGGAUAGAUUUGAUUGAUGAACGUAUGACAGGGUCUUUAGUAUAUACAUUUUCAAGAGUCUCUCGUAACAUUCCUCAGCACCAUUAAGCUGAGCGGAGUUGACCCAAACUAAGUGGAGCUUCUGUUCUGCUAAUGGAUCUGUGAAGAGGAGACAAGGCUCUGAUUGUGUCCUACCAUCUCCUGUUGUCUAUGAAUACUAUACGUCUUCCAGGGGGAUCUGCUGUAGAUCUUCUAGAUUAGAUUCACUCUUAACCGGAGUCAGUGAGGGAGUUCUUGUUCUCUUGAGACCCAAUUUUCACCAUAGCUUUAUUUGAAAGUGAAAAAAUGAUCAGACUUGGGGAGAAAGCAUGGUCAGUGUACGUUUUUUUGUAGUUAAUACUCUUUUUUUCCACUUUUUAAAUUUUAAUAAUUUAAUAAUAAUUUGAAUUUCCAUGUCUUUGAAACUGCAGACACUAAGAUGUAAUUAGGAGUUCAAGCCUGUUUGAUUCUGAUCAGGGCGUCUUGCAGAGUGAAUGUUUAAUGUAUUUUGUAUUUGCAUAUCAACUACAGAGCAGUUUGUGAUCUUUUUUAUCAUCCAGCCCCCCCUUGGUUCAACAUUAGAGUAGAAGUUGAAGGGGUCAAAUCUGUGUUAAUGAACCCUGAAUACUGAGAGUUUGGUUUUGAUGCAGAGGAAAAUAUCUGUCUGAUAAGGAUUAUUCAAGGCUCAUUCUCUGAAAUUUGCAGGGCCAUAUCUGAUCAAACCAGUCAGGAUGAAAGUGCCUCAUUUACCAAACUUUGAGUUCUAUUCAUUCAUUAUUCAUCAUGAAUCAGGGAGCCAUUGAGUGGAGUGAUUGCACACUAAAAAUAAAAGGUGCCAUUGUGCGACUUCAACCUCUCAACUUGUCAGGAGAAAAAGAGUGUAAAAGGAUUGCUUCCUUGUUGGCAUUUCGAUCUCAACUCUGUAUUUCUCCUCUCAGCACACUUAGUGAGAGUUAUCUUCAGCUUGAUAAGAUUUCCCUCUCACCGUGAGAUACGAGGAGUGUGCCAUUGAGGGAUUAGUGUGAUAAAUGUCAGAAGCCACAGCGACUUUCAGAGAAGCCAGCACCCACUUCUUCACACAUCUUCUCGACUCUUGCGUUACUCUGUCCUCCGCUCCUUUUUUCUCACUCUGAAGGCCUCUUUUUCUCCCGUUAACCACUCGUUUUUUAACAUCUGUACUGAGAGCAGCCUGUCUGAGGCACUGUUUUUCCCAUGCUCCCUCUCUCUCUGCCUCUGCCUGUCCUGGAGCAGUGCAGCUAUUUCUGGUUCCAGUCGGGUCAGUGCUCUGUAAUUCUGUUGUAUCAUGUAAGCAAACAAGACUUGAUAGGCCAUUGUUAUUCUUAGAUGUGACAGGGCUGGAAACACGUCCCUGGGCUGUCACUUCAUUUCACUUGCUGCUUUUGAGGGCUUCAAAUAAUGUACUCUUUGGAGCGCAUGUUGUGUCUGGUAAUGAGACAUCAUCUAAUUUAAUUCAGUGUUAUACAGCCCUUGUGUUUUUUAACAUCCUUACAAGUCUUGUUCCACCUGUCAGCUAUUGUUUGAGCUGCUUUUAUGUUGGCACUGCGUCUCCGCAGAAAUGUGACCUUACCUAAAAGGCUAAUGUAAGCAAUCACAACUAAUUUCUCUCACACAUGCAGCUAUUUUUGAUAUCUGCUCUCCUUUUAUCCCUCUCUUCAUAUGAUAUUUGUUCUCUUUCAUGUUUGAGCUCAGAGGAGCUUUGUCUUUUCUCUGGGGGAAAUGCCAGGAAUGAAUAAAACAUGAAUCAGAGUCUGAGUGGGGGAAUCCUUGGCAUGUAAAUAUUAAUACCUUAAAGUCUAACUGUGUGAGAGAUAAAACAGGUUAUAUAAAGACUCAGUAAUGCAAACAAAAGUGGCAUGCCUAAUUCUUUUAACAGAGAGCAGAAGGAAGUAGUUUAAGAGCUACUAUAAGUGGGGGAAACUGGUGAAUGAAACAGCAGAGUAAGAGGUGUGUCAUGUGACAUUUUCAAACCGUGUUAUAGUAGGUUCAGUGUCAGAGUCUCAAGUUCAGGUCAGUAGUCAGAUAAGGCUUAAAGACUUCUCUCUCUCUCUCUCUCACUCAUCUCCCCUUAAAAACCAAAAACUAUCAGACAGACAGACAGACUGCAGGAGCUCAGGUUGUGUCUGGUGACCUUUGACCUCGGUCAUCAUCCUGUCAGUGGCUGCUGCUGCUUUGAUCUGAGUCUCUAUUCAACAGAUUUGCUUUUCGCUUUUCACCACAGGCAGCAGAACUAAAGAAAUCAAUGACAGACAGUCUGUGCAUAUGUCAGACAUCUUGGCAGAUAGUGUCCUGGCUGACCUGAGAUUAUGUAUUGAUUUGAAGACAUUUUUCUUAUCAUCAUCAGCAGGACUUGUUGUACAGGAGUUUAUCGAUGAUGAAGAGUCAAAUUUAAAUCAUAUGUGCUGAGCGUAUAUGUUUGCCAGAGGAGGACUUUGCAUCAUAUCAGCUGCUCUAUAUGGUUGUUACGUUUGAAGGAGUGUUUCUUUACCACGGGGGCAGAGUGCACUAAAAUUUAUUAUCAGCGAUCAUGGUUCUCAGAGGUUAAAUCAUGUUGCAUACCUCUUUUUUUGCGUGCAUUUCUGCAUUAAUUAACACUUCAAAUUCUGUGAGUAAAUUCAUUUUAACAAAGUUUUAAUAGCAUAUUGGACAAACAUUCAAAUUAAAACUCAUUUGUUCUACAUUUUGCUCUAAUGCAAAACAAUACCUGCUGCAUCAGUGAAUAACAGUGACAAACAUUGAUUCAUGGUAAGUUCAUCCACUUCCAAAAACACUUAGCACAUAGUUAAGGCUAGAAAAACACAGAAAGGAGUUACUCUAUUAAUAUUUAAUCAAAACCACAGGCACAUCAAUCUGAAACCAAACCUGUCCUGGAGCUCAGCAGAGGUAAAUUUGUUGUAAACCUCUCUCCAGUGACUCCAGUCCAGAGCUUUGUUUUCUCAUGAACGGUUUCUUUGAGGUUACUCCUUUAAUUAAGCGCAAACAUCAACCUGCACUUCUUAAAAAGCCGAUCAGAAUCUGAUGGAUCAGGAUCAAUGUUCAUGGCAGUAUACAUGCCUUUUGCUCAAAAAGCUCACAUAGCGCUUACCAGUGCCAAAAACAUUUCACUAAAACUUCACACAAAUCUGUAAAGGGAUAAAAUGAUGAAGUGAUGACAACUUCAAAGCAAAUUGUUACAUGUAGUCACUAUGGUGGCUUCAUGAUAUCCUGGGAAAUUGUCCUCUGGACGUACUGUAAUAGAUCAGGAUUGAAUGUGAUUGAAUCAGACCACAUCCAAGUCCUGGACUCAAGUAAAACACUGGUGGCUAAAUUAAAUAUUUUCACAUUUUGUUUCUGAACAUCAUUGAAUCUAAGAAAAACAUCUUAGUGUGACUUAAAUCAAUUAACAUAGAGUAGGACCCGUCUAAAUCAUCACAAAUGCGGCUCUUUGAUUUUAAAACUGAGGAUCUGAUUUAGUUAAAUGGAGGCCUCUGUUCAGUCACGAGGCUCCAGUUUAUUGUUGUGGCAGUCAGGGGAAAUGUAUCACAAAACAUUAACAGUACACAGAGAAAAAAGGAAGGAAAAAGGAGAGGGGCAUUUUUAAAUCUUGAGUUUCCAGUCAUCAUUAUUGGACUGUUUUCUACAACCAGGAUCCAUAUCAGUAAUCUGAUUUAAAGGGCAGUAAAUGUGAUGAAGGUGGACUUCUCUCUCUCUCUUCUUCCCCUUACAGACUCACAUCUGUGGUCUGGGCUGGCAGCCAGAGCAGACAGAGAGAGGGCAGGUCGACUGUCAGCUAAACCGUCAUGGUUAGAAAGUCAGAGCAGAUUCCAGCCUUUGAACAAACACAUGCCACAUCUCAUCUGUCUACUGUACCUGUCAGGGAGAUGACUGGGUCUGUCUGUUUGAGUGAUACCACCAUAAAAGUUUUAGAAGUUACCAGAACUGAUUUAAGACUCUCAUGUGAGUGCGGCUGUUUGUGUUUAUAUGGAGUUUUCUGUAAAUAUCCUCACAGUAAAAGGACUGUAGGAGUUUUUACAGGUUUGGAAAAGCAGCCACAGAAGCUGAGAGCCUGGCAGGAAGAGUUGUUGUUAUCAUUGCCCUGCACAGACACACACUGGUUGUGUAUCCAGACAAAAGGCUUUGAGCUCAAUGUAGACCAAACAAUGUCUUUGAUAUGACUUCCCUCAGAGAUUACCUUAUCCUCUAUGCCUUUGCUCUCUUUUAUAACCCCUGUGUUGUGGAGUUUAUUUUAUCUUAUCUUCAAGUUAUCUCUAAGUCUGCCCUCUCUGUGGGGUGUUUGGGGGAAACAGCCAAAGCACAAUGUUUGUUUGUGUUAAGAGAUCAUCUGCAGCCUCUCUGAAGCUUCGUUAUCAGUGCUAAUGACACACUAAUCUGCAUGUGUGCUGUUGUGUGUCUGUUUGUGAUCCAGAGACAAUUAGCCUCACGAAUCGUAACAAAAUACAUCUAUUAGCUAGCUGCUGUGUGUUUCUGGUGUGUGUUUCUGUGCUGUGUUGUUCUCUGAAAGGUUUACUCAUGUGGUGUUAGAGUCCAUUCAGUGAAGCUCCAAGGUCUCUGCCUGUCAAAAACAUUUUCAAAUUGAAUUUUGAAAUAUCGCACUAAUGGCAUUUCAACAUCAGCCUCCACAACAUUACUGAUGUUUUCAAAGCUUUCACCAUAUUAAAACUUCCAAAUCUAUAGUUAGAGGAAAAGUUCGACAUUUUGAGAGUAGUGCUUACUUGUUUUCAUCUUGAAUGUAAAUACUAAUGGCAUGUCAACGGUGGCCCUGAAGGCCGAUGACGAAAAUAUUUUUAAAAGGUGCAAAAAACAAACAAACAAACAAACAAACAAACAAAAAACCUAUUAACAAUAAAACAUUUAAUUUAAUGUCAGAAAAAAACAAAAUUAUGUGAAGACAGUAACAAAAAAAAUUACACAACACAACAAUAUUUUACAUGUGCACAAAGUUAUUUUAGAAAACACAAAGAACAAUUAUUUUUUGUGUUUUAUUACUUUAUUUCAUUUUAUUUUUUGUGUACUUUUUGCGCCAUUGACCUUCAGGGCCACCAUGCAGGUCUGACUAUGGUAAGGGUCCAUAAUUAAGCCACAAAAAGAUGGAACUCUUCAGCUUACCGUGACAAAAGAUCCAAAGCAGCAACAACAAAACAACAAAACAUCUUAAUAUUGUACCAAUGUCUACUUCUUUAAUAGUCAUAUGAUAUUCGAUUGUUUAUUAACUAUCACUUAGCGUCUGUGCUGAUACUUUAACUUUAUCAGACAACCAGCAUAGACUCUGUCAGAUGAAACAAGUGAUAUUUGCAUACCCUAUUUUGACAUUCUUGAGAUCAAGAUCAAUUUUUAUUCGUUUAUUUAGCCUUUAUUUAACCAGGUUAGUCCAAUUGAGAUUACAGAUCUCUUUUGCAAGGGAGACCUGGCCAAGAAUUCAGCAGCAUUAAUGAAAUAAUUGAAAAACACGGCAGAAACUGAAGCUUGUUUUGUCUUAUGGCAAAGACCGUUGACUGUCAAUAAAGUAAGAUGACAUAUCAACUGUCCAAAGUGAAACCCAAACCAUAUUCCCUGUCGCAGAUGCAGAAUUUUGGUGAUGCUGCAAUUAUGGCAUCUUUGCAAGAGGAACUGACUGACUAACUUGAACAGAAAAAUGGCAAAGAUCACUGGGGUCAGCACUAAACACAAGUGUGAGUUUAAGAGCGAGCACUCACAAUUAUGGAAAGUUAAAUGACUCCUGUGUAAAUGUUUCUUCUUACUUAAUCAUUUUGAUGUGUCACGCAUCAAAACAGUCAGAAAACCGCGUUAUCAAGAGGCAAACAGGAAGUACGAUGAAUGAUAAAAGCACAUUCUUGCUUUAUAUGUGAAGAUUUUUUUUUACUGUCCAGCUUCUUGGACACAUUUAUGCAAUUCUGGCUCCAAGCCUGGCGUGGGAAUGCCAAGAACACUUAGGCCAGUCUCAGUUCGAUUAAUUCGGGGGCAUGGCAGAGAAAAUCGAUCCACAACCGCAUUUCACAGGUAUGUUUGUCCAGCUAUGAGAGUUUCAGUGUAAUUUCAGUUGUGUUUACAUGUUUUUUAAAGUCCAGUUUCAGUUGAACCAAGGCAAAAAAUCAAUUAUUUAUAAAAACAUCCUGAAUCAUGGUUUCAUAUUUCUAUUAAUUGCAUUAAAUAGCUCAUUGUAACCUCUCAGAUUUUAAUAUUUGGACAUGAAUCAUGAUAAGAAUUAAAAAUAAUGAUAAAAACUAUGUUUGAGGAAAACAGCUUUGUGUUAUAUUUGAUUUAAAAGUUUUGUCCAUGUUUUUUUUACAUACUUCUUUUUGACAGCGUGUAAACAUUUUUCAUCCCUUUCUCCAGUCUGUAUUUAUGAAGCUUUUUUGAUCACACACACAUGAAUACACUCAUACCUGAGGUCAUGUUUUACUCCCACUCGUGAAAGUAGCACCACUGGCUGCCACAGUAUGCCUUUCUCUCCUCAGGGUCAGGGUCAGCAGCAGGUAGUUUCUACAGCGGACGGAGCUGGAGCUGUUGGAAAAAUCACACACUCAGCAUGUGAAGCUGUUGUCUCAGGGUCAAACACACUGUCCUCAGGGAAAGAGUAUUGUUUGCAGAGAGGAGCUCAUAAAACUUGAGAGGCGCAGCACGUUCCUGUCGGCAGGAGACGCUUGGUAUUAUUCUGUCACACUGAUUCAGGGCUAUUAUCCAGUGGGCACGUACUCCAGUACCUGCUCUCCUCACUCCAGAGAGGAUCGAUGUAAAGCCUUGGAGUGCCAUCCUCUCAGAUUGAUGCGCUGUGAGGAUAAAUACUGGUCAAAUUACUAAUGAGAUUUGAUUGAAAGUCCCACAAGCUAACAGACUCAAGCUGUCAGACACAGGAGGUGGAAAGAGUUUAUAAAACAUUUAGUCCGCAGUCUGAAUUUUCAGCCUUCCAUAAAUUUCUCUCCCUACUGUAGGUGAGUCCUCAAAUGGGGGAUGGGAUGCUGCGAGUGAGUCAGCGUUGCGCUAACAUCACUAAUGGCCAGGAAAUGUCUAUGUUGGACAGACUAAUUGAAUUUCUUUAACAGGAAAGCAUCCUGCAGGUCCAUUAGCUGUUGGUAAACAGCAACACACAGCAGAAGGGGGAGGCAGGUGGGGGAGGUCAGGAAGGGAGUUUGAGAGGUGAAGGAAAGAAAGAGGGGAGCAUGUUUAUUUUUGAUGCAGCAGAGGAAAAGUUUGUUUAAGUUGAAUUUUUGUUACCAGUGCAGAUGAUGAUGAUGAUAACUGGAGUGAAGGUCUACAACAAUCCCUUCAACAGGCGGUGUCACUCCACUGCAAGGAUAUACAUUUAUAUCUUUCCUGGAUAAGUGACGAGGUUUUAUUUGGUACCAAGUGCAGACUCUCGUUAAUGCAGAAAAAUUUGCAUCAAGUUAUUCUUUGGUACAUUACUUUUUCUAAACAACUCUGUGUCUGUUUAGAAAACCAGACCACUUAUGAGGAAGACUCUGAGGUGCUGUAGAAAAAAAAGACUUUUCUUUUCACUUAUCACUACGGUGAUUUCUUUGCCCUAAUCAAAGUCUGACUCAAACUCUCAAAGGUGUCGCUUUUCUCUGCUGAGCUGUCCUGAAAUAUGGUACUGAAUGCACAGAGCACAGUGUAUGCCGUCAGGCCAGUUAUGCUCCCCGGGGCUUAAUUGAAUCAGGGAAAAGGUCAGUGCAGGACACAGUUGGACCUCAUUUACAUUCUUCUGAGCAGCAUAAACGCUGAUAUUUCCUGCAAUCACGUCAUUCUCCACAAGAGGAGCAACACUCAAAAGCACAAAAGACAGAUGAUCGGACAAAUCAGGCCCUGCUGAAUUCUUACCACCUACUACUCUUGUUAGCAUGUCAUGGAUCUGCUAAAAAGUGCUCUUCAAAGUGUCAUUGGGGUCCUUUCUUAAAGUUUGCAGGAUGCUCCAAUUUAAGACCUUGGAAGGGGAAAACUAGUUGUUCCUCAGACACAGAUCAUGGAGGAACAGUGGAGCUACUAUUCUGUCUGUAAAUUGAGCCUUUCUUCCUGGGAGAGGGUGACAUGGAGGAAUGCAGCACAUUAAUGUGGACAUGGGUGGGCUUCUCAUUCUUGUCAUAGCAUCUCCCUUUUCCCUUUGACCCACCAUGACUUUCUUCUCUCUUUUUUCUCUUGCCUGGAUGCUUCUUUUCACUUUGUAUCAACAGGGUGUGGAAGCAGAAGCAGCAUGUUUCCUCUAAAUGGUUCAGGUCCUUUGAAAAAAAUAAAAACAUGCAGUCCAACUCAAGUUCGGUUGAAUAAAGCGUUAUUAGUACUAUGUUUUGAUCUCUCGGGUUUAUAGACUACACAGAAGACUAGCACAGUCAUUGCUUAGACGACCUUUUAGCAUCAUCAGUCCAGGCAUUUAAUAACUUAUGAGAAGGUACCUGAAAAUGUAGAAAGAACUUUACAAAGUACAUCUUUAGUAUAGUGUGUUUAAGAAAAUCCAGAUUUGAUUAUACGUCAACACUUUAUUUGAGGGUUCAUUUGUAGUCUUUUAUUUAAGCUAUUUCGGUUAAUUUGAAGAAAUUUUGAUGGAAACUUGAAAAUUGCAGUUUUUGAGCUGUCACUUCUGUGUCACUAAAGAGAUAAAACAGACUCAAACAUGUUGAACAGGCUUACUCAAACACUUCUGCCUAUUUCUUUACAGUGUGGGCUUCCAUAGAAGUGAACAUGGAGGACAGAGUGGAGGUGUUCAAAGGAGACACAGCUCGGAUCUCCUGCAUGUUCACGACGACCGAGGGCAGCGGUGGCCUAAUGAUUUGGUGGUUCUACGUGAGUUCCUGUCGCACAAUUGCAGGUGGGUACAAUGUGAUGAGGCAGGUGUUGUUUAACAUAUUUAAACUUUGACCUUUAGGUGACGAACACUAGACAGGUGCAGCAAAUCUACUAUAAGGACUCCGCCGUGGCAGUUAAAGAGGUAGACACGCCAUUCACAGAGCGGAUUGAAGUGAACAUGACCGGAACAAACGGAGGCGUGGUGCUGACCAUCAAUGACGUGCAGCUCUUGGACGAACUGGAAUUUGUCUGUCGCAUUAAAGAUCUGACAGGCGGUAUUGGAGAAGGACGCACGAACCUGAAAGUGUUCAGUAAGUGUUUCUAUUUGGGUAAUGACAGUAGAAAGUAGCACUUUGCAAAUCCCACGGGUUACAAGCAGCACUUACAACAGCAGAUUUAAAACAGACAGUUGAAACUGUUGAACAGAUAUGCAGUAAACUACUCUUUCAAAAACUUUAACUCUGCUCUUUUUGCUCUAAAUAUAACUUAAUACUGCUUAAGGGCUUCAAAUUUGACUUUUCCUUCACAAAUAACAACAAAUUUAAUUUUUCAGUAAUAAACUCUUUAUUCAACAGCGUCCCAUGACUCUGAAAAUAUGUGAAAGAACCAAUAAUUUGCUGCCAGAACUCAUUCUCUCACCAGAGAGCUCAGCUGUUCUUAGUCUUGACACGGUUUGUGAUUUCACUACAGAAACACCAAACCUUCCCACCAUUGAGGGAGUGCAAACAGGGAUCUCAGUCAGUGAAGACACACCAUCUAAGGUAAACAAGCUUACUAGUUACUUACCUCAGAUUAAAGGUAGUUUGUUUCAUUCAAUUCAUUCGUCUCUCAAACUCCUGUGUCCGUUAGGUUGCGACUUGCGAGGUCAAGAAUGGAUUUCCUAAGCCAAACAUCACAUGGUACAGAAACCUCACCCCGCUACGUGGAAUCCCAGACGGUGAGAGUGAUCAAUGUCAACAUCGGGGUUGCCCGUCUACCUCUCCUUAGCUUGUAUUACAUGUAGUUAAAUUUAUUCCAACACGUACAUCCUUUACCAUCCUCUGAGUUUGAAAUAUUUCAUGUCCUUCAGCGGUGGAGAUAAUGCUAAGCGUCACCAGAGAAUCCACCGGUCUGUACUCAGUAACGAGUGAGCUGAACUUGAAGGUGUUGAAGGAGGACAAAGAUGACGAGUUCUACUGUGAGGUGACAUAUUUUGUACCUGGAGAAACUAGGAUGACGGAGACCGAAAGGAUCAAAAUCACUGUAUUCUGUGAGUUUCGCUCAGAGGUUGGCACCUGUAUCGUGGUUUUACACUGGAUUUCUGUGAACUUUUGCCGCAGCAAUGAAUUGGGGUCAUAAGGCCAAACCUGCACUCAGCCUACCAGUCUUGGAUUGUCUAAGUCUGAGAUAUAGCCAUACCCACAACUUGACAUGUUUUGUUUUACAAUUCAUUUAUUAUAGUUUACAACAAAACAAGUAAAACCAGGUUUCUGUGAUCACAUCUUUAAAAACCGUAAAGCACUCUUGAGGGUAAACUUUAUCAAAAAACCAAUUUCUAUUCAAUCUAUUCAUAUUUGAAGCUUUUCUGCCUCUAUUUAGUAGACAGGAUGGUGAAUAGAGCAGGAAACUUGGAAGAGAGAGUGGGGACUGGCAUGUGACAAAGGGCUACAAGUUGGAUCUGAGCUGCCUGGUUUGAGUUUGCUGUAGGAAACGAACACAGAAACAGUAGUUGAAGAUUCAGCAGAUGCUCUAGAGGUGGUCUUAGUUCAGGUUUGUAACUCACCUCUUUGUUUCAGACCCCGCUACAAAUGUGAGUAUUUGGGUGGAGUCACCAAAAGGAAAAAUCAAAGAGGGGGACUCGGUAGAGCUUCACUGUGUCGAUGACGGGAAUCCCCCCUCUUCCUAUAUUGGAAUCAAUCAUUUGGAAGUAAGAAACCCACUUGUUGAUUUCUGUGUUUGAUGUUUUUUAUGAGUGCACUAAAGACUUUUCACACAUGUAGACGUGAAUAUUUAUAAUUUUAACUUUUUUUUUCUGCUGCUUUUUAGAGUGGCAUAUCUUUUGACGGUAAUAUAAGGCUGCUGCAAAAUGUGACCCGUCUGGACAGCGGAGUUUAUGAAUGUACUUCCACUGACACAGACACUUUUGAAGAAACCAAAGGAAGCACCUCUGUGUUUGUGAACUGUAAGAAAACUGCACUAAAAAGACUUGUGAACAUUAAGAACGGGUGUGCUUCAGCAGCAGUGUGACUUUUAUUUCUGUCUCUGGUUUCUCUCUCCCUGCUGUGUGUAGAUCUUGAUCCUGCUGUUGUGAAACUUGACUCUGAUGCUGUGGCUGUAGGAGAUCCGUUUGAAGUCACCUGCAAUGCUCUGUCCUCUCUGAAGACACAAACAGUCUGGAUGAAGGUCACCUAUAUACAGACAGAGCAAUAAGUUACACAUUCAGCAGCAGGUUUUGUCUCAAAACAUGUGCCCUGAUUAUUUAACCUGAAAAUCCCUAAAUCUCUUGUUUGGACAAGAAUAGACUGCUUUCCAUUUUUGUCACCUUUGGUGGUCUGAAAGAUGGAUUAUUUGAUUAAAUCUUCUGAUUUAACGUUGACAGACAAAAGGUCACUCCACAUCUCCAAUGUCUGACCUGUGCAUGGAAGAGUGUUCUUCGUUUUAUAGAUGUAUUUUAAGAAGACUCGGAAAGUCAACCUAUUUAUGACGUGAGCUUAUGACUUCUGGAUUUGCAGAACAAUUUUAACCAUCAGUACCAGAAAUGAUCAUGCAGAAGAUGAGGGGAUGUCUGUCGUUGUGCAAAAAGCAUCCUGUCAGGCAGAAUUAGAUAUGGUCAGAAACAGAAGCUUGCCCACUGGAAAAAGGAAAAUGAUAAGAAAAUCAUCUUAUCUUUUAUAGUGAAAUGACAUAGGAAGGAGCACAUUUGCUGAAGGAACAAUCCAAAACUUUUUCUUUAAGUCCUUUUUUAUGUUUUUAUAGAAUAUUUGUGAAUUUCACGUUUACAAUUUUCUGUAGAAAGUUCAUUCAUGCAGCCAACCGAUCCUCUAAAACAAGUUCACUGCAAACUUUUAUAACUAUUAUAUCUAUGUGUGCAUUUCAGUGUGUGUCAAACAUGCAUUUUGCGUCCUUGUGUAGGAUGGGCAGCAGAUUGCAGAGGGCCACAUUUUGAAAGUGAAGGAUGCCUCAUAUGACGAUGCAGGGACGUACACCUGUGUGGUGACUGCUCCUGAGAUCGAGGGGAUGGAUACCAGCAGCUCUCUUCUCAUUAAUAUCCUGGGUCAGUCAGAUCACAGAUACUUUAGGCAAUUGUGCUUUCUUCUAGUCAGAAAUUUCCCACUUCUUCUCUGCAUUAUGGUGUCACAACUUAAUUCUUUUUAUUGUAAAAAAAAAAAAACAAAGGUUAUAGUAUUGUACUGGAAUUUCUUUUAAGGUAAUUUUUACUUGUUAAUCUCUCUACAGGCUCUCCUGAGAUCGUGAGGCCUGACAGCACAGAGAUAGAAGCAAGUUAUGAGGAGACUGUGGACCUGAGCUGCUUCGUCAGAGGUUUACCCACCCCUGUCAUCACCUGGACCACAUCAGAUGGAAAGGUACAGCAAAGGAAAGCCUGAUAUUCUUGUGCUGGUUACUGAGUAUAUAUGACAUCAAUUUCCCACAGAAGGCGCCAAAUCCACACAAACUUCCUUUCCUCACCAUUUCUCUAAAUCAAAUGUGUGAUGUUAAUUCUUAUUACGUUUAAGAGUAAUAUUCUAUGAAGACUGGGUCCUCUGAUCCCACUCACACCCAAUCCAUUCAUCAUGCCGAACAACCUGAUUUCAGAAUUUUUAGACAUUCAUUGGGGCCCAGGGCUUAAAUGAUCAUCUAAUUCCCCAUGUUUUUUUUUUGUAGGACCUCGGGACAGCCUCAGAAACAGUGACUGAAAAUGGAAUUGAGAGUGGGAUCAGCUUCAAAGUCACCUCCGACACCACAGUUUUCUGCAAUGCCUCCAACGACCGAGGCAUAGACUCCCUGAUCUUUAACAUUAAAGCCAGUGAGUUCCUCCUCCUCCUCCUGCUGCUGCUGCUCGUGUUUCCUGUCUCUGCUCUUUGUGUUCUUCUCGUUUUGUUGACCCCCGCUCCCUCCCUCCUCUUUCCUUUUGUCCCGUCUCUUAUUGUUCGAGUCACUUUGUUGUUUAUUUUUACUUUGUCUGGAGGCCUUCAGCUCUGUUAUGUGCUGUGAAGUGUUGCCUGUCAUUCUUGACACGCUGGUCAGUGUUGUCUUUCUGGACGGGGACGGUGAAGCUGUGUGCGGCUGUUAAAUGUGCUCCCCUCCUCCCUCAGUGUGUUAACAGACUAUUGUGUCCUACCUUCUUGUGUGUACUUCUACCUGUUUUCAGCUGUAAGCACCACUCAGGCACCAACCACCACAACUACAACCACUACAACAACCACUACUACAACUCCUACUACCACUACCAGUACUAUUUCCUCAGGCACAGGUAAGACCACAUUUACCCCACAUGGCCCGCCACUCAAAAGAAGUAAUCUGAAGAAGGUUUAGAAAAUGACUUUAUUAAAUCUAAAUAAAAAGAUAUCAAAACAUGAAAGUAUUUUUAAUGUAGACACUGAUUAAAUGUCCAUUUUUGGAUUAAGUUUCAACAGGAGAUCUUCUGUCAUACCAUCCAUCCAAUUCGCACACAUACUGUACUGUAUUGGCAGCACUUUUUUAGUUGCACCCCUUAUUUUGCAGUUAAAAAUAUUUAACCAUAACAAGAUCACUAAUGAAAAUCUGAGAUCUAGAGAUCACAAGAGGUUUGACCUUAUUAUUAUUUUUCUCUCACACAGUGCUGUGAAGUAUCAAAGACCUAAAUUAACACCCAAGGGUCUUUCAGUCUUCAUUAACAGCCAAAUAAACCAUUAAGUUUGUUUCAAAAUGCUGUUUAUGAUUCAUAUUUGCUUUAAUCCAGUAGAAUUUUACGAAGAAAACAAAUCAAAUGGAUUAAUUGAUGCGUGUGGUGGUGUUCCAAAUAUCGAACUAUUGCCAAAUGAGAACGCUUUGACAAAGAUCAGCUGACCAUGAGGUUGUUUUGUGCUCUGGAGACCAAGUGCAGAAAAUGUUUUUGUUUUUGUAAAGAAAACCAGCAUCAGUUUAGAAAAUAGAGUUAAUGGAGAAAGACCUUAAAAACGCUUCCUCAGAUUUUUUUAACUUUCUCAUAAACAUUGCACAGUCUAUAAUCUGAUGGAGUUUUGAGUUUACAUGACGGAUCACAUGGGUGAAAACUUUGACUUUACAAUGACGGGAUUUCAGCCACUAGACGGAAAUGAUUCAGGAGAACAGCUGUCACAGUUAAAUUAUCAAAAAAAAUGUCAAAGUUAUUGAGCAAAGUUGUGUUUUCUGACAUGUUGUUAUUUAGACAGACAUAAAAAGUUGAAACAGUGUUGAGGGAGUUGAGAUCUGAUGUCACCCAAAGCAUGAGAGUGAAGAACUAGAAAGCAGCGAUUAAAUCACCACCUGACUGAAAGGUUUUUACGGCAGUGUUCCCUGUGAUCGCUCUAUGACUUAAGCUGCUAGCACAGCUCUGCUAAUUUUCACCUUGUGUAGUUUUAUGUCACACAACUUUGUGUAUGAUAAAUUAUGGCUUAUGCUUCUCAGCAUUGUGGCGUGCAGUUUCACACAGAGUACAUGCAACCACAAACACUCACAUGCAUCACAGUGACUAGAGAGCAGCUGAUGCUUUAAAAUGCUCUCACAGGGAGUCUCCUGACUUCCAUUACAGCCACCGCCUUGUGUUUUCUCUUCUCUCCUGCUUCUGCUCUCUGUUGUGCGUCAAACCAGGACGUUUUUCAGGCCUUGAGGAGAACUGUCCUGGGUUGUUGUUUCUUGCAAAGUUCUGCUUAAAUGACGUGCUGGGCUGCUGUGGGAGGUAUCUGCUGUGAUACUGAUCAGAGUUGGUGUCAAAGAUAAUAUUUAACUGAAAAUCACAGAUACGAUCAGCUAAAAUUAAACACUUUUAUGUGUUCAGUUUCUGCAUCGGCUGCAGAUCUGUGUGUGUCUGUGUGUGUCCUGCUGAUACGAGUUAUGUAAUACAUCCUGAUAACUCUGCUAAUGUGUUUUUUUUUUCAGUCAAAGCCAUAACAGUAAACCCUCCAAAGAGUGCCAGUAAAGGUUUGUAUGGUGCUCUGCUGAAGAGUCUCUCUCAUCUCUCCUUUUUUUAGGAUGCACAAGGCUUUUCCUCCACUUUUCCUCUGCAGCACCUUUCUGCAUUCAUCACACCCCCCUUCCCUCCCCUGAUGAGCGAAACAUCAAACUGUCACUGAAUUGUUCAUCCCCUCCUUUGUGCAUGUUGUCACACCGUUGUAUGAUCGCACCUCUCCUCCUUUCUUCCUGAAUGACUCCCUCUCUCUAGGUUGUCAGGUUUAGGUGACCACAGUGAUGCUCAUGCUGCUCUCCGCUCUAUCCACAUGCUGUAAAAUGCUCUCUUGUCUAUCUGCACACCAUGAAUGCUACGCAGCCUGCCUGAUGCCACCCUGUGCUGGACUCUUCUGCAUCCAACUGUCAUUUCAAUGCUAAUGUGGUUACAAGAGUAACUCUGUGGUUGUUCUUGUGUUUCUCCUCCAGGAGAGGGCAGUGGUGUUAUCAUUGCAGUCAUCAUUAUCUGCAUCCUGCUGCUGGCCAUCCUUGGCAGUGUGCUUUACUUCCUCUACAAAAAGGGCAAACUCUGUGGAAGGUCUGGCAAGCAAGACCUGUAAGUACAACAAAGAUCAAGUGGUGUAAAAGGGUGAAGAUGUUAAGAUGCUUAUGUGUCCUAAACCUGAACAAACACAAACACAGGCUUCACAUGGUGUACUAGGAGUUUCACAUUUGUGUUUUUAGAAAUAUCAUCAGUGUGAGUUUUUUAAAUAUGAGUUUAUAAAAAAGUCAUAGUAUAGUAUGUUAAAGUAAUGUCAUAGAUAGUAUGAUAAAAAUUUUCACAUAAAAAAAAAACAAAAACUGUCAUAGUAUAGUAUGAUAUAAAUUUCAAAUUUUAGAAUGAAAAAAUGUCAUAGUAUAGUGUGAAAAAAUGUCAUAGUAUACUAUGAUGAAAAUUUCAAAUUUUAUUUGAAAAAAUGUCAGACUAUAGUAUGGUAAAAAUGUCACAGUAUACCAUGAUAAAAAAAUUCAAAUUUCAGUUUGAAAAAAAGGGCAUAAUAAAGUAUGUUAAAAAUGUCAUUAUGUGCUAUGACAAAAAAAUUUAAUUUUAGAGUUAAAAAUGUCAUAGUAUGUUAUGAUAUAACUGUCAUAGUAUACUAUGAUAUAAAUUUUACAUUUUAUUAUAAAAAUGUCAUAGUAUAGUUUUUAAAAAAUGUCAUAGUGUAAACAAUUUGUUUAAAAAAAUCAUCAAAAAGUGUGAACAAAUUAGUUUGAAAAAAAAAGUCAUAGUAUAGUAUUUUUAAUUAUGUCGUAGUAUAGUAUGAUAAAUAAUUCAAACAUCAGUAUGAAAAAUCAGUUAUAGUAUACUAUGUCAAUAAUGUCAUUGUAGUAUGAUAAAAAUUUUACAUUUUGAAAUGAAAAAAAUGUCAUAGUAUAGUAUGAUAAAAAAUUCAAAUUUUAGUUUUAAAAUAAUAAAGUGCAGUAUGAUAAAAAUAUCAUAGAAUCAUAUGAUAAAAAUGUCAUGAAGUAGUAUGAUAAAAAUGUUAAAUUUGAGUAAAAAAAUGACACAGUUUAGUAUGAUAAAAACUUCAAAUUUUAGUAGGAGAAAUAAUAUAGUAUAGUGUGAUAAAAAAUGUUCAAAUUUAAGUAUGAAAAAAUUGUCAGUGAAGUAUAAAAAAGAUCUCCCAUUUAGGAGUGUUAAAUUUUUAAAGGUAUAGUACGUUAAAAAAAUAUCACAGUAGAGUUUGGUAAAAUUUUUAAAGUAUACUAUAAUAAUGUGAAAAUCAUAGUAUGGUAUGAUAAAACUUUCACAUUUUGUUUCAAAAAAUGUCAUAAAAAAGUGUGAACAAAUUUUAAAUAGAACUUUGAAAAAAAGUCAAAGUAUAGUAUGAUAAAAAAAUGUCAUUGUAUAGUAUGAUAAAAAAAAAUCAAAUUUCAGUAUAAUUUUAUCGUAUAGUAUCUCAAAAAUGUCAUAGUGUAGUAUGAUAAAAAUAUCAUAGUAUAGCAUGAUAAAAAUUUGACAUUUAGUGAAAAAAAUGUAUCAUAGUAUGAUAAAAAUCUCAUAAUGUAGUAUGAUAAUAAUUUCACAUUUAAGAGUGAAAAAAUGUCACAGUAUAGUAUGAUAUAAAUAUCAAAUUUUAGUAUGAGAAAUGUUAUAGUUUAGUAUGAUAAAAAUUUACAUUUAAGUAUGAAAACAUUGUCAUAGAUUAGUCUGUCAAAAAUGUCAGUGAAGUUUGAUAUAAAAAAUCACAUUUAGGAGUGUAAAAACUUAAAAUUUUGCCCGAAAAAUGUUGUAAAAAAUGUGAACAAAUUUUAAAUAUUAGUUUGAAAUAAAAAGUCAUAAUGUAGUAUGUUAAAAAAAAAGUCAUGUUAUAGUAUGAUAAAAAAUUUCAGGAUGUAAAAAAUGUUAUUGUAUAGUAUGUUGCAAAUGUCAUAGUGUAGUGUGAUAAAAAUUUUACAUUUUGAAAUAAAAAAAAAUCAUAGUAUAGUUUGAUAAAAAAAUUCAAAUUUCACUAUGAAAAAAGUUAUAAUAUAGUUUGUUUAAAAAUGUCAGAGUGUAGUAUGAUAAAAAUAUAGUAUAGCAUGAUAAAAAUUUCACAUUUUAGUGUAAAAAAAUGUCAUAUUAUUGUAUGUCAAAAUCUCAUAGUAUAGUAUGAAAAAAAAGGUCAAAUGUCAGUAUGAAAAAAAUGUUUCAGUAUAGUUUGUUGAAAAAUGUCAGUGCAGUAUUAUAAAAAUAUCAUAGUGUAGCAUGAUAAAAAUUUCACAUUUUAGUGUGAAAAAAUGUCAUAGUUUAGUAUUUUAAAAAAUGUCAUAGUAUAGUAUGAAAAAAUGUCAUAGUAUGCUUUGUUAAAAAUGUCAAAUUUUAUAAUGAAGAAAAGUCAGUUUAGUAAGAUAAAAGUAUCAUAAUAUAGUAUGAUAAACCUUUUUGCUUUUUUGCACUUGCAGCACCAAAGAAAAAUCCAGCAAAGAUAACAUUGUGGUGGAGAUGAAGAGCGAUAACACUGAGGAGGCUGUGCUGCUUGGGGUCAACGGAGAGAAGCAGCCUCCCAAUGACCAGGUAGAUAUCUGAACUUUAAUUAUGGUGCAGUUUCUCUGAUCACACCAUUUACUGUCAAAACCUCCUUCUUUGUAGUAAGCAUUUUGUUGUGUGCGUUUUUCCCUCUGGAGUAAAGGGUGGCACGUACCUGGACAUGCAGAAAUGAGGAGGUGACGGCUGCUCCUGUUCUCCCCUCAGAGGCUCUGACCUUCAAUCUUCAACCACAACUCCUCAUCAUGGAGUCACAUCAUGGAAACACUCAGCUUUUUGCCCGUCACUUUAAACCGAGAAUUGAAUUAUUCCAAGCUGCAGCUUUUUUCUCAAAGCUCCACACAUCACGUUUCUGCUGGAGUGCAACCUGAGCUUUAAUCAGCGCUCCAUGACAUAACUCUGCUUUAACUCUUCCACCCUCAAACCCUCAGGCCGUCCUCUGGCCUUCUCCGCCACAUGAGCCUUGUAUACUGCUGAUCGUCCGUAGAAAAAGUAGUUAGAGCACAACUUGACCAGGGACUGUUUUUAUAUCGAAGCACCACCUCAGGCACAGUGAUCACUGAAGAGCAGCCUGACGUCGCUCUUUAUCAAGUGUACAUAUUAUAAUCUAUGUAUAUAUUUCUUUAUUUAAAUAACACCUAAAAAAAAAAGAAAAAGAAAAAAGAAACAACCAGACAGUGUUUUAUUUUAUUUAGGUGCUUUUUAUGAGAGAUGUUUUUUUUUUUUUUGUUUGUUUUGAUUUGAGAAGGUUUCCAGUUUUGCUUAAGUCUGUACACUGAAAUUUUUAGGGACGUGGCAUUGUUCCCCCUACAACCAGUUACAGCCUCACCUUUAUGUUGCAUUUUAGCUCUGAAAGCAAACAUGCAGGUUAUUCAGUUACAUAUCAUUCACAUGUACGGGCUAACAGCCUUGUCUUUACUCCUCCCAGUUUAAGUAGUUUAAAAAAUAUUUUAGUAGGUAUAUAAUCCGCUAAACAUUUGACAAGAGAGCUAACAUUAUCAGUAGUUCCCUUAGCUUGGUUGACUUUUCAUCACUGACUCAGAUGACCUGAAUGUGUUUGAGUGAAAGCAUUUCAAAGCCAGGUUAAAAAUUCAAGAUGCCUUAAAAAUUCAGUCAAAGCCUUUUAGAAAUCCAAACAUUUGUUUUGCCAGUGAUGUUGUUAUUUUGAUGUUUAGUGCACUGAUUUCUUUGUCCUUCGUGCAUUUGUGUUUCUCUAAUGUGAAACAAAUGUUUAAUUUUGUGAUUUUGUUUUGACAGACUUGUGCUCUGUGGCUGUUUUUGUUCUUCUAAAAAGAGAAAUGAUGAGGAUAGUAAGUAGUUCAUGGCAUGGAGUAGCCCUCUGUAAUAGGUCAGGAUACAUCAGGUUUUUUUGUGUGUGUUUCUACUGGAUCCCAAAGAAACUUAGUAUCACUCACACUUGAGACAUCAGGCCUCAUUCACUGACUCCUACUCAAGAUUCUUCCUAAAUUUGUUUGAGAAACGGAUAAAGGAAGCCGGAGACAGAUUUAUGAACCCACUCCUCACCUGCAGAGUUGUUCACACCUUUAAGUAUCAAUCUAUCUUAAUGAACAUAAUCCUAAUUUACAGCAAAUGUUAUGUCAGGAUGCUUUGGAAAGAUCCAACAUUAAGAUAGGAUAUUCAAUUCCAUUAGUAUUCCAUCUCAAUCCACUGUGAGCAGAGUACGAUGCAGCAAACUAGUAACUUUAGCCAGGAAAUACGUCCUUUUACCUAGCAAUACCAGACUCGCGUCGGGCGGACAUCUACCUUGACUGUGUUGGAAAUGGAAAUGGGGCAGACACAGACAGAGAAAAGCUCUGAAAUAACCCUUUAAAGGGACUGCAGGGCCGUUUGCAUGCACAGAAUUACCUGAGGAUGCAAUUUGAGUUUUGUAUUAACACCUUGACAGGCGCAUUAGAGAGAAGCCAACAAUCAAAACACAAAUGCAUUUUCAGCAUUUACUGUGUCGCUUUUGUUGCUGAGACUGUCUUUAGGUUGAUUUGUCAUCAUAAUUAAGGGUGUGUCUAUGAAGUAAUGAAGCAGCAGACUCUGUAUCUCUUGGUGUCAGAUUACACAGGUGAUGCGCUGCAAAGAUGGUAAACACAGAGAUGAUCUCGGUCUUGUUUGUCCUCUUCCUCCUCGUGGUCUGCAACCUCUUGAGCAGAAUAUUCCCCCUCAGCCUCUCUUAAAGGCUCCAUCCACGUUUGAUAGUAACUUCUCUCCCACCUGUGUACUCUGAAUCAAUUUGUAAGUGGAAAUCUGUUUAGAAUUUUUUGCAGAAGUGUUAAACUAAACAAAUAUGUUGAAGGUUUAGCAAAAGAGAUUUUUACCUGUGGGUUCAGGUGACUGAGACUGUGUUUUAGCAACUGAAAAAGACUGAGAGGAGUCGGUGAAUGAGGCCCAUUGAGGGGAGAAUGACUGACAACAUAUAUGCAAAUUCCGUUAAUGGACAAUCAACAUGUGGAGAUAUCAUCCACACUUAACCGGUGCCCUCUGAUGGUCUGUGUUUUUCUGCUGUUUUUAAAAUUGUUUUCGGGUGUUAGAAAAUCUUUUAAAUGCCUUUUAAUGCUUUUGUGUUUUUAAGUGUUAUUGAAGACAUCCAGGCCAACCCCCAAAGAAGCCCUGUAGUUUUUUUUUUUUUUUAAUUAUACCAAAUAAAGAUUGACUGUUACAUGAACAAA